AUGCUACACCAAUAAACCAAACCCUUUCUCUCACAGACAUUCUCUCGAAAAAUAAGCACUCCCAACAAGAGAUCCUAAGCACUCUCGACUUUAUGUGCCCAAGAUCUCCCCUCCUACUCACCAUCUAAGCACAUCCUUUCAGAUUAAAAACCUCUUAGAUUCCAAACCUUAGAACAUCAGAAGACUCAACAACCAAGUUCUCAUAAUGCCAAUUCAGUUAGUUGCCAAACCAACAUGUCACUUUGUUGCUUUGAUGACCCCUUACCUGACAUUCCCCCUUCAGAUCCAAUAUGGUUACAAAUCAUACCACAAGAAACAUUAAAAGGUUCAUCUGUCGAACAACUAUUUAGAGAAAAUAAACAAUAUUUUUAUCACUUAUUGAGUUAGUACUUCAAAGAACAGAUUCAAGGCGAUUUCAAUAUGACUAAAUUUCAAUCGCCAAUUAAAUGCAAAACUCGCAACGACUAUGAUUCCUAAUAGAAAUCUAAUGACAAAAUUCAACCUAAUAAAAAUUCCUUCUAUGAAAAUUAUAAGUCUCCUUAACAUUAGCAAUUUGCCAAAACUUCUUACAAAUCUGACUUCACAGGAUAUGCACCUCAAAAUUACAAUGUUUAAACAGAAAAGCUUAAAUACGAGAAAGCUAAGUAACAAAUCGCCACACUUAUAUCCUACAAAAUUAACGAUAAUAACUAUGAACAGAAUCAAAAAAUGAACAGAUUAACCGCUCCUCGAUUAUCUACAUCUACAGAAAUCAGAAUCUAAGCUUAUAAGAACUACAAUUAAGCCCUUGAAUAACCCUAAUUGAUAGAAUAAACUUAAAAUUGCAAAAAUAAUUAUUCAAAAUUGAAUCCAUUAUCCUCCAAGGGUAUCUUUUUUGAGAAAAAAUCAGAAUCAUACUUUUAAUAUCCACUUCAUCCUUUGCCAAAAUCAAGCAAAACCUUUCUUAAACAAUAUUCAACAAUCAUAAAAAAAGAUAUAUAAGGACCCAAAAUUGGAGAUGUUACCUAGAUGAAAAAUUGGAGACAGAGUGUCAUUAAAUAAAUGAAUCACUUAAGAAGAUUAUCAUAGAACUGA